AUGAAGACCUGUAUCCUGUUUAUAUCUCUUUGGACACUGUCUUGUGCUUUUCCAGUAGCCAAGUACAGAAAAUCUAACUAUGAGAGCUCUGAGGAGUUGAUGGAAAGUGAAGAUUCCCGAGAGGAUUCCGAGUCACUGGAAGGUCAUGAUGAGCAUGGAUCAGAUAGCCAAAGAAAAUAUGAGAAAGAUGAUGAUGAAGAUGACAGUGGAGAUGAUACCUUUGGUGAUGUUGACAACGGUGCCACACAGGAAGAAGAACAAGGACGAAACUCUAGAAGUGAUGAGGACUCAGCCGACACCAAUCAGUCCAGGAAAGACAGUCACCAGUAUACCACCAGUGAGAGCAAUGACCAUGACAAUGAAGACAAGUUGAAUAGCAAGCCUCACAUAGUUGACUCUACUCAGGACAGUGACAGUGAUAGUGUGGAACCAUGGGGGGGAACUGGCCCUUUCGAACAAAGAAGAUAUGGAGAUGAGUCUCAGGAAAUGUUGAGUGAUGAUCCAGAUAGCAUCAUGACUGAGAAGAGCAGAAUGGACAGUGCCAGUGUUGAAUCAAAAGAAUCACAAGGAAGGAAUGAUGAUUAUACAGGCACCCAGGAUUCAGGUGAUACUCAGUCGAUGGAAUAUUCCAAUAGGAAAUACUUUAGAAAAUCCCGUAUUUCGGAGGAAGAUUUCAGAAGUGAACUUGACAACAGCAACACAAUGGAGGAAGUCCAGAGUGAUUCUACAGCAAGCACCGACUCCACAGAAUCUAGCCCCAGCCAAUCCAGGGAGGACAGCAAGAGUGACUCCCAAGAAUCUCAGGAAUCUCAGGAAGACAGUCAGGAUAAGGAAGAUUCCAGCAGUGAGUCUCAAGAAGACAGUAGUGAGUCUCAGGAAGAAGUAGCGAGUGAGACUAGGGGUGAUAACCCAGAUAGCACUCCUGGCUACUUAGAAGAACAGGAAGAUAGUGAUUCUAGUGAAGAGAACAGCUUUAAUACAUCCUCAAAUUCAGAAAGUGCAUCCACAGAACAGGCUGACAGUGACUCCCAAGAGAGUUCUAAAGACUCAGAGCAAAGCUCAGAGUCCACAGAGGAGAACAGUUCUAGUCAGGAGGGCCUCCAAUCUGAAAGUACCUCCGCUGAGAGUCCAAGUGAAGAAAGCCAGUCUGAGGACAGUGAGUCUCAGGACAGCAGCAAAUCAAAGGAAGAAAGCAACUCUACUGAGAGCAAUUCAAGUAGUGAGGAAGACGACUGGUCAAAAAACACUGAGAGAGAAAGCAGGAAGUUAACAGCUGAUGCUUAUCACAACAAACCUAUCUGGGAUAAAGAUGACAAUGAUUGCCAAGAUGGCAACUAG